AACACGACACACACAUCAAGCUGGAAAUUCUAGGCUAAUGCUAAUGAGGCCAUAAUACAAAUUGCUGAAAUUGUAAUUAUGCAAAAAAGUUAAUACUUCCCACGCAACAAUCAAGCAGAUAUGGCGGAAAAUGAGAAGGCUCACAAUGGGCAAAAUAAAUAUACGUUAAAUAAAAAAUAUACCAGAAUAACUUCUUUGCAUUUGCUGUCAAAACGUCUAACAUUAUGAUUUUGGCUAAAAAAUUUUGCUUCUGUAUAUCCUUGCAAAAGGGAUGUAUUCUAAUAGCAUUGACUGGAAUAUUUUUGGCUGGCAUGAACAUUGACUAUAUGAUACUUUGUUUAAAUAGAACCUAUUCCCGAGAAAAGCAGCAUAAAUUCCCAGAAAGAGUUCUCUACACAUUCUUACAAAUGAUACCGGAUUGGUUAACCAUCUUGGCAUCGUGCGUACUAAUAUAUGCAAUCUUAUCGCAAUAUGGUUGGCUGUAUUGGGCAACUCUGUUGGUUCAAGCAUUUCAGGCAGUCUACUUUGUUAUUUUCAGCAUUACUUCUGCAUUAAUCGGUUCGAAUUUAAUUAUUAAUGAGAGUAUUUGGCAUAAUUUAACUUAUUGGAUUUACGUGCUCUUUUGGCUAGCACUGACAGCAUAUUUCAUGUACAUAAUAUAUUCGUACUACCGUCAAAUUACAGCAAGAGAAACUGAAAAUAUUGUGGACGGACUGGUCAUAGGAUUUGUCGUCAUUUUCUCAAACAACAUAUACGUAAAAAAAAUUAUACGUAAAUAAAAACAAUCGUUUAAUGAAAUGUGGCGC